GUUGUGUUGGUAUGGUAGCGCCAAAUUGGGAAUCUUUUUUUUUUUUUGAGAAAUUGGGAAUCUUCUUAAGACAGAAGUCAGUUAGUUUUCAACUCAACGCCAACACUAGCUGACUCUGCCGCCGGGAGCCAUCCCAAGCAACCGCCGGAGCGACCAGAAUGCACGGUAAAACGGUGGUGGAGGUCGGAGCCGACGGCGUCGCCGUCGUCGCAAUCAACAAUCCACCCCUCAAUUUGCUAACCGUCGACGUGAUGCUUAGCUUACAAGAGAGUAUUAAAGGAGUUCUGCCAAGAGAUGAUGUCAAAGCGAUUGUUAUUACUGGUACAAACAGAAAGUUUUCAGCUGGAUUUGAUGUGACAAUUUUCGGUGAUAAACAAAAGAAGAGGACAAAAGAGGAGCUUGGAUUUCUGUCUAUUCAAUUUCUCACCGACACUCUGGAAGCUGCAAGGAAACCUUUCGUUGCUGCUAUUGAUGGCCCUGCUUUUGGUGGUGCACUGGAGAUUGUUCUUGCGUGUCAUGCCCGCAUAUCAACUUCUUCUGCAAAACUAGGCCUUACUGAACUUCAGUAUGGGAUCAUCCCAGGACUUGGAGGGACACAAAGGCUUCCACGGCUUGUGGGCCUUCCAAAGGCUCUGGAAAUGAUUUUGAUGUCAAAGCGAGUAGAUGGAGGAGAGGCUCGAGUUUUGUCCCUUGUGGAUGCCAUAGCUCCAGCUGAUAAGCUUAUUGAAGUGGCUCGUCGGUGGGCUUUGGACAUAGUGGAGCGUACUAGACCAUGGGUGAUUAGUCUUUAUAAAACUGACAAAUUAGGAACCCUGGAAGAAGCUAGAGCAGUGCUUAACUCUGCCAGGAUGGAAGUCCAGAGACGUAAUCCAAAUGUAGAUUACCCGUUAGUGUGCAUUGAUGUGAUCAAACAGGGCAUUGUUUCGGAUCCCCGUGAUGCACUAUGGACUGAAACAGAAGCUUUCCACGAACUUCGGCAAUCUAGUACAUGCAGGAGUCUAGUCCACUUUUUCUUUGCUCAACGCCAAACCACAAAGAUUUCUGAGAUGAAUUUGCUGCCAAGGAAUAUAGACAAGGUUGCUGUUAUCGGUGGUGGAUUGAUGAGCUCUGAGAUUGUAGCGUUAUUGGUUCUUAGGAAUUACCAAGUUAUUUUGAAGGAGAAGAAUAGGGACCAACUGUUGGAAGAGAUCAACAAAAUCAGAAAAAAUUUGCACACCCACUUCAAGUAUGGAAAGACAACUCUACAGGGUCUUGAAAAGGCUUUGACUCUAUUGAAAGGCGUUCUUGAUUAUGACAGCUUUGAAGAUGUUGACUUGGUAAUAGAGGCUGAGUGCGAGACUUUGUCAACCAAGCAAGAUAUUUUUGCUGAUCUUGAGAAGCUCUGUCCCCCGAAUUGUAUUUUUGCCAGUAGUAGCUCAACAUUCAGUUUGGAAUUGAUUGGUGAAAGGACCAAAUGCCAAGAUCGGAUUGUUGGGAUUCACUUUUUCUGCCUUUCCCCUGCCGUGCCACUUGUGGAAAUAGUUCGUACUGAGAGGAUGUCAGCUCAAGCAAUGGUUGAUGUAAUAGAAUUUGCAAGAAAAUUUAGGAGAACCCCAAUUGUCGUCAGUGAUUGCAACGGCCAAGGAGUCAACAGCAUGGUUAUUACAUAUCUGCAUGCAGCAACAUUGCUUGCUGAACUAGGUGUGGAUGUUUACCAAAUUGAUCUGGCUCUUAAAAGCUUUGGGAUGCACUUGGGUCCCUUUAGAAUGAUUGACAUGAUUGGAUUUAAAGCUUUUGCGGAGAUCAGCAGGAUACUUAUUGAGCGUCUCCCAGAUAGGUUCUACAAACCUAAAUUGAUCCCAGUUCUGCAGAAUGCUAACCGUGAAGGUGAAAGUACUUGUAAGGGUUUCUACGAAUAUGAUAACUCCGGCAAGGCUAGCCCAGAUCCAGAGUUAAGGAAGUACACAGUAAAAGCUACAAGUGUAGGGAAUCUAACUGCUGACACUGAGGCACAACUGAGAAAACUAUCCGAUAGUGAGAUGGUUGAGAUGAUCCUUUUUCCCGCUUUAAAUGAAGCAUGCCGUGUAAUCUCAGAUGGCGUUGUGAUGAGGCCAUCCGAUCUUGAUGUAGCCUCUGUAUUAGCAAUGGGCUUCCCAUCAUACAGGGGAGGCAUCCAUUACUGGUCCAACAACUUCGACUCCGGUUAUGUAUAUUCAAAAUUGAAGAAAUGGUCGCAGGCAUAUGGCCACUUUUUCGAGCCGUGUGACUACAUAAUGGAGCGAUCUGCCAAGAGCACACAUGUGGCCAAUGAAAGGAAAAAGCUGAUCAAGUCCCAGUUGUAAAAUACAAAUGCAUUAUUGAUUACUACCCUCUCGAUUAAUGACUACAUAGUUAAUUAAUACUUCGUCUGUCUCAUUAAAAGUGGCAUAAAACUAUUGAGUACGAGAAUUAAGGAGGGAGUGUAGAUUAUCUAUUAAAUAGCAUUAAAUGUUUUUUUUUUUGUGGAAAUUUGUAAUCAUACUAGGGGUAAUAGCGUUAAAAUACAUGAAUUUUCGCACA